AUCUCUUUCAAACCCCAGAUUGUGACCGUUCCUGGGUGAGCAGUGGAUCUUUGUCCCCGUCUCCUGAGGCCCUUGAAUGGGACCUUGUUCUGGAAGGAGCCAUGGACCUCUGGCUUUGGUUCAUUUACUUCCUGCCCACAGUAUCUGGAGCCCUGAUGCUCCCAGAGGUCAAGCUGGAGGGGAUGCUGGGCGAAUCUAUUACCAUUGAGUGCCCACUUCCUGAAAUGUAUCAGAGGGUGUAUCUGUGCCGCGAGAUAGCCAAAUCUCAAGCAUGUUACACCGUGGUGUCCAGCAACAAAUUUGUCAGGAAGGAAUACAAGCACCGAGUCACCCUGAAGCUGUGUCCAGACCAGAACCUGUUCCUAGUGGAGGUGACAGAGCUGACCAAGAGUGACAGCGGAGUCUAUGCCUGUGGGGCAGGCCGGCAAACAGACCGGGGCAAGACCCAGAAAGUCACCCUGGAUGUCCACAAUGGCUUCCGCCUCCUCCCAGAGCCCACCAGUGCAUUCCUCAUGCCUCCUGUAGAGUAUGAGCCAUUCUGGGAAGAGGAGCCGCUGCCACCCUGGUUUCAGAAAGGUCCACCCAUGGAGAUGCCCCCUUGGUUCCAGGAACCUGUGCUUGCCAGUUCCUUCGAAGUCCUUUCCAAAGCAAUCUCACCAGUUCCAACGACGGAGGCCCCUCCAGCACACCGCUCCUCCCCCACCACCCCAAUCACCCACCACCCUCGAGUUUCCAGGUCAUCAUCAGUGGUGGCGGCCAAGCCCACCACCCGCCUGCCAUCCAUUACAAGCUCAAAGACCUCAGCACCGGAGGGGCUGCUCAGGCCCCAGACAGCCAGCUACAACCAUCACACCAGGCUUCACAGGCAGAGAGCCUCCCACCACGGCCCAGCGUCCCCAAUGGAAGACCAGGGGUUUCACCUCCUGAUCCCCAUCUUCCUGAGCCUCAUCCUGCUGACACUUCUGGGGCUGCUGGUGACCAGGGUCAUUCAAAGGAAGAAAGCCCUCUCCAGGCGGGCGAGCCGACUGGCCCUGAGGAUGAGAGUCCCGGGGGCCUCCCAGCGGCCCCAGUCGCAGCGGCCCCGCGUGUCCCAGCGGCCACGCUCCCAAAACAAUGUCUACAGCGCCUGUCCCCGGCGCGACCGGGGGGCGCACGCUGCGGGUGACCUGGAGGCACCAAUCUCGAGCCCCGGAGCGUCGGCACCGCCCGCCCCGCCGCAGGUGAGCUCUGCCCCCGCCCAGGUGUCAGAAGCUCCCUGGCCGCACGUGCCACCUCUGAAGACCAGCUGUGAAUAUAUGAGCGUUUACCACCAGCCUGCCGCCAUGAUGGAGGAUGCUGAUUCCGAUGAAUAUGUCAAUAUCUCCUGCCUGACUCACCCCUCCAGCUGCCCCCCUGGGCCCAGGCCUCUGCACCAAUGAGUCUUGUUUGUCUGCUGGUUUCCAACACCUGCUCCGUCUGUUUUUAGAGCCCUCGUGAUGUCCCACACCUCACCUUCCAUCCUGUCUCUGCCUCAUUGCCCUGAGCACAGCUCAGUUCCCACAGCUCUUCUGCACACCUUCGCAAACCCCCGUGGCCUUCAGGUGGCUUCUGGCCAUGCAGGGCAUUUGUCCCGAUGCCACCUGCUUCCUUUUCACGCCCUGUACCAGGCUGUGGGAUUUGCAGACUAUCUUUGAUCACAGGGGUUUUGCUGCCUUGGCUCUAGAGCAUGUGGCAUCGGGCCGGAGCCCAGGCAUAGCUGUUGCUUUGGAACCCUGCCCAGGCCUGGGCCUCAGACCAAUAGAAGAUCCCUGGACUGCAACGUGAGGCCUUGCCUCAGCCCUGUGAGCUAGGAGGGGGCCUGGUAUGAAACACCCGUGGCAACAUCUUGCCGUGGUCUUAAUUAAGGGUGGCACUUACUAGUGAGCUUUACUCAUCUUGUGUCUUUAUUUUGAUGUGAUGAAGGAUUCUAAAUUUUCAGAACCAUAUAUAUUUCCCCUUUGUCCCUACAUCUUCUUUAAGUCUCCCUUCCUUGAGGCUCCGAAGGAUCCUAACCCUAGCAUUUCCCCUCUUUUAAAAAUUAGUUUUUGUGACUUCUAGAGGACUUUAAGGGAGAGGUCGACAACAAUACAGUCAUAGUAGGAGACUUUAACGCCGCCGAUGUCACUGGAUAGAUCUUCCGGACAAAAAAUUAACAAGGAAACAGAGACUCUAAAGGACACACUGGAUCCAAUGGAUUUAAUUGGCACUCAUAGAACAUUUCACCCCAAAGCGGCAGAAUAUACAGUCUU